AUGGCGCUGGCGGCGCUGGCGGCGCUGACGGCGGGCGCUCGGCUGGGCCGGCGGCGGCUGAGCGGGCCGGGCCGGGGGCGCCCCCGGAGCCGGCGGGAGGCGGCGGAGGCCGAGGCGGCCGCGCCCGUGGUGCAGUACGUGGGCGAGCGCGCCGCCCGCGUGGACCGCGUCUUCGUGUGGGGCUUCAGCUUCUCGGGGGCGCUGGGCGUGCCCAGCUUCGUGCUGCCCGGCGCGGGGCCCGCCGCCCGCCGCCCGCGCCCGCGCCGCCGCAUCCAGCCCGUGCCCUACCGCCUGGAGCUGGAGCAGAAGAUUUCCUCUGCGGCUUGUGGCUAUGGAUUCACGCUGCUCUCCUCGAAAACCAAGGAUGUGACGAAAGUCUGGGGCAUGGGCCUCAACAAAGACUCCCAGCUCGGGUUCCAGAGAAGCCGGAAGGAUAAAGCGCGGGGCUACGAGUACGUGCUGGAGCCGUCGCCCGUGCCGCUGCCGCUGGACCGGCCGCAGGAGACGCGCGUGCUGCAGGUGGCCUGCGGCCGGGCCCACUCCCUGGUGCUGACUGACCACGAAGGAGUCCUCAGCAUGGGAAACAAUUCCUACGGGCAGUGUGGACGGAAGGUCGUGGAGGGCGAAGUGUACAGCGAAAGUCACAAAGUGCAUCGGAUGCAGGACUUCGAUGGCCGCGUGGUGCAGGUGGCCUGUGGUCAGGACCACAGCCUGUUCCUGACCGACAGAGGGGAGGUCUACUCCUGCGGCUGGGGCGCCGAUGGCCAGACAGGUCUGGGCCACUACAACAUCACCAGCACCCCCACCAAGCUGGCCGGGGACCUCGCCGGAGUCCGUGUCGUCCAGGUCGCCACCUACGGGGACUGCUGCCUGGCCGUGUCCGCCGACGGCGGCCUGUUCGGCUGGGGCAACUCCGAGUACCUGCAGCUGGCCUCCGUCACCGACUCCACGCAGGUGAACACAGCCCGGACCCUGCCCUUCUCGGCCGUGGGCCAGGUGAAGCAGGCGGCGUGUGGCGGCACGGGCUGUGCGCUGCUCAAUGGUGACGGCCAGGUGUUCGUCUGGGGCUACGGGAUCCUUGGCAAGGGGCCCCGGCUGGUGGAACGCGCCGUCCCCGAGAUGAUCCCGCCCAGCCUCUUCGGCCUGACGGAGUUCUGCCCCGACGUGCAGGUCACCCGCAUCCGCUGCGGCCUCAGCCACUUCGCCGCCAUCACCAACAAAGGCGAACUCUUCGUGUGGGGCAAGAACAUCCGAGGGUGCCUGGGCAUCGGCCGCCUGGAGGACCAGUACUUCCCGUGGAGGGUGACGAUGCCGGGGCAGCCUGUGGAUGUGGCUUGUGGCGUGGACCACAUGGUGACUCUGGCCAAGUCUUUCAUCUGAGUUGGGCUCCGAACUGGACACCGGCCAGGAGCUGGCCCCCCAGACCUGUGCAGCCCCCCGCGGGAGGCCGUGACGUGGCGGGAAGCUGCAGGACCCUCAGGGCACCCCCCCGUGUCAGCCAAGUACAGGGCUUGGGGGAGCCCGCCACCCCAGCUUAACCAGGACCCCCAGUUUCACCCUGGGGUGGCCUUCGGCUGCCCACUGCAGCCCCCGCUCUCCCCUCCCUGGCUCGGAGCCCUCGCAGCAAGCGGCCGGGGGCCACGUUCCUGUGGGCUGAGGGCGCGGACGGGCCCGAACAUCAGCCUCGGAGAAGGAUCCAGAAACCGGGAAAAACAGUUGGGCUGGUAACAGGUCUUUGUCUUCACAAACAUUUUUUUAAUGUCUUUGCAAUAAAGUCUAUUUUCUGCCUGAUGUUUUUCAGAACUGAAAUCUUGA